AUGAUUCAUUGCAACCCUUUGGAAAGGUGUAAGGAAAGUAAGUCCGCUUCGAAUAAGAUCCCCUCGGAUUCAGUGCGACCAUUCAAAAAGCUUUACCAACAAGGCCGCUUAUGCCAGCUUGGCAGUGAAUUCUGUGAACUGGAAGUUUUUGCAAAGGUGCUACGAGCUUUGGAUAAAAGGCAUCUACUUCAUCAUUGUUUUCAGGCUUUGAUGGAUCAUGGAGUAAAAGUUGCCUCCGUACUGGCCUAUUCAUUCAGUCGACGGUGUUCCUACAUAGCAGAAUCAGAUUCUGCUGUGAAAGAAAAAGCAAUCCAGAUUGGUUUUGUUUUAGGAGGAUUCCUGUCAGAUGCUGGCUGGUAUAGUGACGCUGAAAAGGUGUUUCUUUCCUGCCUUCAAUUAUGCGCCCUUCACGAUGAAAUACUUCAUUGGUUUCGUGCAGUAGAAUGUUGUGUAAGGUUGCUGCAUGUUCGAAAUGGCAAUUGUAAAUACCACCUGGGAGAAGAAACAUUCAAACUAGCGCAGUCUUACAUGGACAAACUUGCAAAACAUGGUCAACAAGCAAACAAAGCAGCGCUCUAUGGGGAACUGUGUGCACUACUCUUUGCAAAGAGCCAUUAUGAUGAGGCUUACAAGUGGUGUAUAGAAGCUAUGAAGGAAAUCACAGUUGGCUUGCCUGUAAAAGUAGUGGUGGAUGUUUUAAGACAAGCUUCAAAGGCUUGUGUUGUAAAACGUGAAUUUAAGAAAGCAGAGCAAUUAAUAAAGCAUGCAGUGUAUCUAGCCAGGGAGCAUUUUGGAGCCAAACACCCAAAAUAUUCCGACACAUUACUAGACUAUGGGUUUUACUUGCUGAAUGUAGAUAAUAUAUGCCAGUCUGUUGCAAUUUAUCAGACAGCUCUUGAUAUCCGACAGUCAGUGUUUGGAGGAAAAAACAUCCAUGUAGCCACAGCCCAUGAAGAUUUAGCUUAUUCUUCUUAUGUGCACCAGUAUAGCUCUGGAAAAUUUGACAAUGCGCUAUUCCAUGCUGAACGUGCUAUUGGCAUUAUCACCCACAUUCUCCCUGAAGAUCAUCUUCUUUUGGCCUCUUCCAAGAGAGUUAAAGCACUUAUCCUGGAAGAGAUUGCAAUAGACUGUCACAAUAAGGAAACUGAGCAAAGAUUACUUCAGGAAGCUCAUGAUUUGCAUCUAUCUUCACUCCAGUUAGCUAAAAAAGCCUUUGGGGAAUUUAAUGUACAGACAGCAAAACACUAUGGCAACCUUGGCAGACUUUAUCAGUCCAUGAGAAAAUUUAAGGAAGCUGAAGAAAUGCACAUCAAAGCAAUUCAAAUUAAGGAGCAGCUCCUUGGUCAAGAAGACUAUGAAGUUGCCCUGUCAGUGGGACACCUAGCUUCUCUCUAUAACUACGACAUGAAUCAAUAUGAAAAUGCCGAAAAGCUUUAUCUGAGAUCAAUAGCAAUUGGGAAGAAGCUUUUUGGCGAAGGUUACAGUGGACUAGAAUAUGAUUAUAGAGGUCUCAUUAAACUGUACAAUUCCAUUGGCAACUAUGAGAAAGUUUUCGAAUACCACAAUAUUUUGGCCAAUUGGAACCGAUUGCGAGAUCGGCAGUUCUCAGUUACAGAUGCUCUGGAGGAUGUAAGCACCAGCCCUCAAUCCACUGAAGAAGUGGUCCAGUCUUUUCUGAUGUCUCAGAAUGUUGAUGGACAGAAUAGCUAAGGAACUUGGUCAAUUAACCAAUUACUUCUUCUUUUUUUUCCCCCAAACUACAGGGGAAAGUCAUACUGUGAAAUCUAAACCAUGUAGUUUUUCUGGGGGCUGGAAUUUGCAUUGAAACACUGGUCCAGUCCACUGAAGAGUGCCCAUACGGAUGAAUGUGUGUUUAAAUUCUUAUCAGCAUGUGUAUGGCAUGUCUAGUUCGGCUCCCAUUUUGAACUUGGUAUUCCAGAAACCCGUCUCUCUUCUUUUUUCCAAAAGGCUACUUUGCAGAAAGGCUGCAGGAAAACAUUAAAUAAAACUGUUUGAGCCCAAAAGAGUUGCAUUCUUGUUAUGAAUGCACAGUUUCAACGAGAACAUUCUUCUAACAAGCAGAAGUAAUAAAUACUAUAUUGUAUAAAUGGUAUGAAAAAGAUCUUUCUCCUGUGUGCAUUGUAGCAAAAUUAAUGGCAAAUAUUAGGGUAAAGGAGAAUGCCCUAGCUUUGUUAGCUGUCUCAUGAAGAAAAAAUGGCAAAGAACCACUCCAGAACGCAACGUUUUUUAUGAACCACAAAAGAUUGUUAAAGAAGUGACACCGUUUGUUGUUUUAAAGAUCUGAACUGGACCAGUGUUCGUUUGAGUGGGACGAUCCAGUAGACCAGCAUUCUUAGUUUCCUAUGGUACAAUACAAGAACUAUAGUUUCCAAAACAGGACCAGGAGAAUCAAAAGUGGACCAGUCUAUCUAGAAAAGUUUUUUGGACCAGUGGCUUUAAUUUAAUAUUUCUGCCCCUGCAUUCACUUUUACCAGUAGAAUUAUUUCAUUUAGAUGUAUGAUCAGUGAUAAUGCAAAAUUAUAUUCAUGUAAUAGAUACAAAACUAGGAGGUGAACGUUCCUUAGCAGUUGCGAUGGCAUGUCUUUAACUAGUAAGCUUAUUCAGAUAUCUAAAAUGUCAAUGCCACAAGCAGAAACUAGAAAUGCUUAACUAUUCGCAUCAGCCUUUUUCUUUUUUCAAAUGGGCUUACUUUAAUAAUUGAGGCAGUAACUUGUUUAUACCGGUUAAUAGUUUUGUAUUACAGUCCAAUUCAGCUUUUGUUUCUGGAAAUCACAACUUAUUGUACAGUUUGCAGGGGUCAGUGGAAAAUGCCAAAAAAGCACAAAAGGUCUCUUCUUUUUUUUUUUGUGAUGCUUCAUUUCUACAUUAAACAGUAGUGCAACCGGAAACCGAUUCUUCUACAUUAAUUUAAGAUGCAUCAGGCAGAUGUAAAGUUCCCUUAACGACGCCUAUUUCACUAGCUUGUCUUAAUUUUUGUUCUGUUUUUGUUUGUCUCUCUUUUUUUAAUUGAACCAAGUCUGUUUUAAUGUUGAGGUAAUGCUCAAAAUUUUGAAAAAUCAAUGUAGCAUAGCAAACUAGAAAUAAGUCAUUGCAGUUACCUCAAUUCUUAUUAUAGUGGUACAAGCAGUGCCUCUAUAGUUGGGAGUCCAUCAGUUUUUUUCCCCCCUAUUUUCAGGGGUUUAUAACUUGGCCGCGAAAAUUCAGCCCCAAGCUGAAGCUUGGCAAAGAAGAUUCCUACACUACUUGGAAUUAAUUUUAUUUGUUAUGAAACUGGGGAAGGGAUGGGGUGGAAAUUUAUUUGACUGACUGUCUCCAAGUUAUGAGUGCAGAAAGCAAAAACUAGUUAUUACAGACACUACUUAGAACUCACAAGUGUAUUAACGGCUUCUUUUUCUUUUUUUUUUUUUUUUAAAUGAAAUAUUGCAGGCCAAUAGUUUUUAUACUAGUGCCUUCAAGUAUUUUUGAGGGGAGAAUUACACCAAGUUAAAAUGAGAUUUAAUUUGCAAAUGUGGUUUCAGCACUUGUAUACAGGAUGGAUUAUUUGUAUCAGUGGGAUAACCUAUACUGUUAAAAUUUUAAUAGCUAUUAAGGAUGUAUUGCAGGCUGUCAAAACUCAGUUCAGCUUUUUCUAAUUUAUAUGUAAACUUAAACUCUAGUUUUUGUAUAGCAGUUUCUUUGCUCAUGUGAAAGUUUUAUUUUACAUGUCCCUAAAUAAGAUUGCAACACUUGCCGUGUAAACUACCUAAGUCCCUAAACAUGUUUACUCUACAGGACUAACGAUAGUCUAUCAGAUAAAUAAUGUGUGUUAAAAGCUCAUACAUCUUAUGAGAACUCCUGUUUCUUUUAAACUUAAAGGCAUUUUAAACUUGUUUAAAAUUUAAAUUAAGGGUAUUGUUUUAAUAUCAGAUUUUCAGGGGAGAACCUUAAACAUAGAUGUUCUAAACAUACAUUGUGAUUUGAUAUAUUGCAGAAGUACCUGAAAGCCUCAAACUAAUACGUUUAUAUUGUCUGAAGAUGCUGUAUGCUCUGGUUUCCUAUUCUUGGGUUUUACUUGUCACUUUUAAGAGGAAUCUCAAAGUUCUCAAGGUUUUAUUUAUUUUUUAACUUACAAUAGUGGUAAGUGAUAUCUGUGCUCGCUUCUGCUUCCAAGUUUGUAUUACCUAUGGUCAGCAAUAUAGCUUCUAAAAAUACAGCUUCAUAUGCUAGUUUUUCCUCCUUUUCCCCGACUAGCUUGCAUUGCUUUAAAUAACCUUGGUACUUGCCAACUGUAUUUCAGCCAGUGCAAUAUACAUUAAGCUCUCUUCACCGUUGCUCAAACAAAGUUGAUUCAUCAGCACAUGUUAUAUUCUGUGGUGCAUUUGGAUUUUUAUCUAGAGUGAGCUGAGGCCCUACAAGUCACCUAGAGUUUUAUUUUUGUGACAGCAGAAAUGUACCAAGAGAAACAUGACUUUCAGCAUACGUGCACCCCCUCUCCUCCCAGUGAAGCAGAUAAGACUACACUUGCAUGUUCACUCUGUUGAGCUUUGACGGACUGUCUGGUUGCAUCUCACAGCAUUGACCUAGCAGCUCUGCAACUCCGUGGUGAUGUCAAAGCAUAUUACCUUUAGAACAGAGCAGCUUUGGCUGUCUGCCGUGUGCGUCUUAAUGUUGGAGACUUAUAAAACAAUUGCGGUGCCUGCUCUCUGUGCUACGAUUUGUGUAAUCCUGACUCGCUGUCAUUGCUGGAGAGGCGGUCAAGCUUUCCUGGCCCUUUUCUUUUUCUUUCAGGAUCUCUCCUGAAUUGGCCUUUUUCAUCAUGUGACUACAGAAUUGAUAUCCUGUGUUGUUUGCAGACCUGUUGUAUUCCACAUACAAAAGCUUGGUUUUAGCCACCUUACUCCUGCUUUUUUGGUGCUGUUGCCUAUUGCUGUGUGCUGUCGAACACACACAAAGGAGGAGGGAUUCUCAAAACUCUUGGAUCCUAAAAAUGGAAAUCUAAUGAAAUUGGGGUAUCUUCCAAAUAAAGGAAUUUAACUGUCCUCUACCUAUUCUCUGAAGAAGUCGCCGAGGCAUUAGAUAGCACUUCCAUCUAUUUCCUUUACCCUUAGUCCUAGGGAGUUGAUCAUACAUUUGUCUUCGUCCUCUUGAAAACGGUAAUUAUUUUUCUUGUGGCUGCAUGUUGAGCAUUUGCAGUUUGUGAGUGCAUGUCCUUCCUGUUGCUCAAGAAACCAACCAUCUGGCAUGUUAGCUAGCGGCAGGUACAUAUACAACGUACACCCACCAGUACCUCAAAGAAUCAAGGCGGGAAAAAUAACCUUGAGAAACUUUGGGAAUUCCUGCAUAGUUUUAAGCUUGAAAUUGAUUUGAGAGUGGGAAUCCAGUGAAAUGCAUCUUCAGAGAACAAAAUUUGCAGGUAAGUAACUUAACCACAUACCAAAUUCCUUUGAAAUUCAGGAGUGUCCAGGGAAAACUUCCAGCUUUUGCUGCUAAAUUUUCUCAUCUUUGGUUGUACGUUUAAACCCUUCGUUUUUAUUUUAAUGUACACUUUUGUUUUGUGGAUCCGUUUUGCUUGCAUUUUCUAGUUUACAAAUUGCAGCAUUUGCAUAAAGAGGUGAUGUUCAGGGUUUCUCCAUUCUUGGUUUCAUUGUUCUUCAGAUCCAGGAACUACUUUGCUUAUGGUAGUAGAAGAAGCUUCUGUGGUAUGGGAGAAACAAAUGCAAAUUAUGAAUUGAAAAGGGUGGGGGCAGUCACAAAAAGAUGUUUAAAAUACAUCUAUGCCUCUUAGUGAAAGAACUAGCAGCUAUUUGGUUUCAAAAGGUUGGUCACUUACUGUGUGAUUCUUACUUGCAACCAACAAGUGUCUGCCUCUGUUUCAUAGAAAUCCUUACAUGCACUUAUUACUUUGUAUAGAAACCAUUUGUUUAUUUUUUUUGCACACAAGUGUUUUGUUAAAUAAUUUUGAAAGGUGUUUUAUUGCUGAACUCUAACUUAUUAGGAAAAUAACAUCCUUUUCAUCGCUUUAAAAAUGAAGUUGUUUUUUUUAAUGCUGUGGUCUAAAAUUUGGUGCCAUUGCGCUGCUUCUCAUGGUACAAAAAUGCACAUUUUAUUUCACUUCCUUUUUCUAGCUGUACAUACUGACAGAGUACAAAAAAAGGAAAACUCAUCGUGCCUAAAACAUGAUUGAAGUUGUCGGCAAAAACUUUACUUGAUUAAAAAUGGAUUGGAUUUUACAGCAUGGUAGGAAAUAGCUGGCUGGAUAUUGCUCUUUGCAGUCUUAAAAAGAAAAAAGUUCCUUCCCCAUGUUCCUGUGCUGAACUAUUAUUGUCUUCAAAACUUUGCUGUUACCUGGAAAAAGUGUCAGUCAAGUGCUAAAUUCCAAUCUAAAUAUUUUGGUUACUAUGUAUAUUUGCAAGCUUGACACACACGGCCUGUUGCACACUUCAUGUCUUGGCCUUUUAAAAAUUCUUGCUUGUGGUGGAGAGGAAAUUUUUUUUUUUUUUUAAAUCUGGAAAUCUGUACUAAAUACAUACUUUUGGCAGCGCUGGUAAUGCUUUUGUCUCCAAAUCUCAGGAAUGUUUUAGGCAAUGUAAAAGGUUUCCCUUCAAUGAUAACAAGGUGCGUACUCUAGGGUCUUGUUAACAAUAUUUCAUUGCAAUCCUAGGUAUCUAUAGCAUGAGUGGCCUUAGUGAGUUUGUUGAAGUGCACAUUUUUUUUUUUUUUCAAAAGUAAAUUUUAAGAUGAAAAAUAUAUACUAUAUAAAUAUAUAGAGAUAUCUAGAAACUUGGUUUGUGGUGCACAAGUUAAGUGUUGGAUCACUAAAUAACUGUUGCAGGUACCAUAUGUGUAACACUUUUUUCUUUUUCUGUAUAUUCCUUUAUGGGAAGCAAUGUUGCCAUGGUAACUAAAACUUUACAAUUUAUUUCUUACUUUGAUGUGAAUGGACUCUACAUUUUAUUGAAUAUUACCAGGUUCAGUACUAUUUUUAUACAUUAUUGAACUACAGGGGAUUGUAAUUUAAUAACAUUCUAAGAUGUUGCUUGAACUGUUUAAAGCAAAUUACUAAAACAAAAACAAAAAAAACCCCUUAAAACCUGAAUCCCCACUUGUAGUGCCACCGUGAUUUAUAUGAGCGUAUCUUGAUCAUUACUACAUUUUUGAAGACCAUUCUAUUUGUUGUGUCAAGAAUAAUCUUUCAUAUCCUACUCCGCACAGACUGCAGUGCCCAACAUUAUUUGUAACCAUCAAACCAUACUGAGUAUGUUUGUAACCAGCAUUGUGAUAUUCUGUAACUGUAUUGCUAAAACGAACUAUUGAUCUAAUAAAUAUAGUGUUCCUGCACUUGUUUUA